AAUAUGAAGGCUGGUCCACACAGCGUAGAGCUGGAGACGAGGAGGACCCGUGCCUAUUGGUUUCGUGGAAAUGUGCUGAGGAGAGCGGGGCUGCCCGAGCUAUAAAAGCAGCGCAUGUGUGAGCGGAGCGUUUCGGAGAGGACUUGUACCAGCCGGCCGGUGCGCAUCACAGAUAUCUGGAUCCACACACACACACAAACACACACACGGCGAGACAACGCACAGCGCAGCCAUGAGUGAGAGACAAGCAUCUGCAGCAACAACUGGAAGCACCAAACCAUCUGCUGGCCAAGAUGAAAAGAAGAACAACGUCCCCGAGGACUUUGACAUCGACAUGGAAAACCCGGAGACCGAGAAGGCGGCCGUGGCCAUCCAGUCUCAGUUCAGGAAAUUCCAGAAAAAGAAGCAGGAUGUGAAGUCUUAGAGCGGGGGGCGAGCGUCAGCGCCGUUUGCCACUUGAUGUUGGGCCUGGUCUUGCAUGUCAAUCAAACUGCACCGUCAUGAACUGAAAAAAAAGGAAAGGUUGGGUUGGGGGUGGGAUUCCUGAAGGUGGAGAGCUGGAGUGGGGUGAUUCAGGCGCGGGGGGGUAAAUAGUAUCUUUGUGAAAGUGUGCGUGUAAUUAUGAAACUAUUAUAUAGAAAAAUGAUACAUUAUCAGAUUCUGGGUGUAUGUAUUUAAAUCUUUCCUAUGAUUUUCAAUGACACUUCACAGUGUAGCUGCAGUAGAGCUUGAAGUUUAAUAUUUUUUCGUAUGACACAUUCAGUGUAAUAUAGCCAUGUUAACCACAAACUAAAAUAAGUCUCCUCAUACAGUUAAAUCUUUAGUUCAGGGGGAAUAUAAAGCCACGCUGCAUCGCUGUGAUUUAACCUGGGUCACGAUUUCAUCGACAGUCUCAGCGAGGCGUCGCAAUCGAAAGAUUUUUUUUUUUUUCAGCUCAAUUAGACGUCUGUUAAUGGCAUUUCCCUCCUGGCUGGGUAAAAUGAUCCCAGUGCUUUCACGCCGCUGUAUGACUGUUGCUUUUAAAAUCAAAUCAAUGUCUAAUUUGUAAUCCGACGUCGGAGGUCUCCCCUUCCUCUUCCAUCACCUCAUCUGACGACGCCAACGUUCUCCGAGCUGUGUGUCUUUGUAGAGGCUGUAGAUGCCGUUGCCUGUGAUUUAUUAUUAUUUUUCAUCUUUUAAAUGUGAUUUUAAAUAAUCUGUCAUUGUUCAGUUGGCUCACACGUGUAUACUGUACAAGCACACACAAAUAUGCAUGCAACUUACACACACACACACACACACACACACA